AUGCAAUUUACUCGAGUUAUCUUAGUAGCUCUGUUCUUUUCGACCUUUGUGAAUGCGGGAAACAUAAUCAAGACAAAAAUUGACCUUUCCCGAAAUAUCAACGGUGCUGACCGUGUUACUUUCAACAACUUGUACAAGUUCUUUGAUGAGUUUCAUACGAAACUUAAUAAAAUUAAUCUUUUGCAAGCUAACACCGACCAAUCUUUAAAGAUACGAAACCAAGCUAAUAUCAUCAGACAACUCAUAUCUGAUGUUGUUACUACCCUAGAUCAAAUUACUCAUAACGGCCAAGCAAGAACACUUAAUUAUUUUGAUGCCAAACAAGUAAUCAAAACCAUCAGAAAAGUCUAUGGAAAUCCCGAACUUUUUAAUGCCUUUACUACUUACUAUCAAGGAUUUGAGGAGUUGUAUAAACAACAGGUCGGACUACAAUAUUUAGCUAAUGAACUUACUACUGCUAUGUACGAACCUAUAAAACACCCACAGAAAUUUGUGACACUCUUCUCUUCACUUGGAAGAGACAAAUAUAUCAACAAGAGUAGAAACUAUGCCCAGGUAAAAGCUAUUAUUCAACAAUUUGCAGAAAAUGCCAAUCAUGAGUUUAUGCGUGUUAAUAUAGACCCCGAAUUGCGUGAAGAUAUUGAACAUCAUCUUUAA